AGAUGAGUCAGAAUCCCAAAUAAUCAGCAAUCAUUCCUAUUUUUGCUUAUUUUCCAAUCUCUAAAAUUGGAUAUCUUCAAUCUAUCCCACAAAAUCAGGAAUGAUUUAUCUUCAACGAAUUCAAUCCAAUGUCAAUAAAUCACGAUUGAAAUCAAGUUAUCAACAACCAUCUGCCUAUAAUCUUUGUUUUUGUCUUCACUACGCCCGCCAACUUCCCUUCUACACCCAUCAAUUUACUCUAUCCCAUCUUAAUGAAAACCCUAUAAAUUUGACGGAACCACCACCUUACCUACAUGGCUACAUGCCAACUACUGCCUCUGCGAAUCUAAGCCAUUACCUAAAACACAACAGCCAAUACCACCACAUCUCUACCACCGUCACAUGUCCUUCUUUUCCCGUCUGUGUCAUGUCCUUCUCGCUCUUUCUUACUUCUAAUUUGCUUUCCUUCUCAACCAUCGUACGACUACUGAAAAAGACAAAACAAAAGCAACAAAUGAAUGGGGUUGAAGGUCUUGUAUCUGAUUUCUUGUUCAUCCAGUCACACUCCUGUACAGAUUCAAUAUCAAUGGAGUUAUUAUCGGGUUCCACCGUGUAG